AUGCUGUCCUCGCGUGGCCGUCUUCGCGCCCGACAAGGUCAGUAUGCAGCACCUCGCCACGAGUAUUUGCAACAGCUCGUCGACGAGUUCCAGCGCUCACCGGAUACUCUCCGGAAGGAGGAAAUCGUGGCAAAGCUGGCCAACUUCGCCUACGACCCCAUCAACUACACGUCCCUUUGUACUCUACGCAUCAUGGACCUAUUCCUCGACAUUCUGGAUACCGCUAGCCAAGACCCUUCCGACGUCAACAAGACCACCUGCGACAACGAGACUGAGACACAAAAACGUCCGUCCUCCUCGUCACUGCAGCUUGCUCGACAGCACCAGCUGGUGGAAUUUGCAUUAGGAGGUAUCUGCAAUUGCAUCCCCGACGUUCCACUUUAA